AUGCAGCUGCGGGGCACCGUGGGUGCCGUGGUCGCUGCCGGUGUCGCCUCAAGCGCCUACUACUGGUAUCGUGGCCACCAGCCGUCAGGUGUCACGACGACCGCAGACCAGAUCCGCAGCAUCACGACCGACGCUGCUCCCGAGACGACGCGCAGGGCCUUGGUGGUAGACCAGGUUGGGUCGCUGUACACGGGCACCAUCUCCGGGGACGCUCCGCUGUCCAAGGACACCGACGAUCUCGGGCGCAAGGUCAUCGAGAUGCUCACGCCCGAGCAGACCACGGCGAAGCUGAGGAAGACUGAGGAGUCGUGGUUCGUCGGCAGAGGGCAGGGCGUGGUCCGCUACGAUGUCGUGCAGAUCCCAAGCAACGACCCCAUCGAGGACGACCACGCAGAGAAGAUCAUUGAGGUGCCACAGAAUCUUGCCGCCACGGACAAUGGCUCUUCGUCGACUGACUGGAUGUUCUGGGGUGUCUUUGACGGUCACAGCGGCUGGGUAACAUCGGCAAAGCUCCGCCAGACGCUGAUCUCCUUCGUCGCCCGCGAGCUCAACACGACCUACACCUCCGCCCUCCAAGACCCGGAGCUCCGUUUCCCGACACCCGAGGCCAUUGACAAGGCUAUCAAGACUGGGUUCGUGCGCCUCGAUGACGAGAUCGUCCACGAGUCUGUCAAGAAGCUCAAGAAGGCUCAGUCCAAGGUUGCGGCUGCUGAGCUCUUGGCCCCUGCCCUGUCUGGAUCAUGUGCUCUGCUUUCGUUCUACGACAGCAGGUCAAAGCUCCUAAGGGUGGCAUGCACGGGCGACUCCCGUGCUGUGCUAGGACGUCGUGGCUCCAACGGCAAAUGGACUGCCACGCCCCUGUCGGAAGACCAGACCGGCGGCACCGUCAGUGAAGCUGAGCGGCUGCGUGCAGAACAUCCUGGAGAGCCCAACGUGGUUAGGAACGGCCGUAUCCUGGGCGGUCUCGAGCCGUCUCGUGCUUUUGGUGACGCGUCUUACAAGUGGUCACUCCAGACUACGCAAGAGCUGAAGAAGUCUUACUUCGCUCGUAGUGCCAACUCGCUUCUGAAAACACCUCCCUAUGUCACCGCCGAGCCCAUCAUCACGACUACCAAAGUGGAGCCUGAGAAGGGCGAUUUCGUCGUCAUGGCUACCGACGGUCUAUGGGAAAUGCUGACCAACGAAGAAGUUGUCGGGCUCGUUGGACAGUGGCUGGAUGCGCAAGGUCAAUCGAAUGGCAGCCAAAACUCGCAAACGCAAUCAUGGCUGAAGAGCUGGACGGGUGGCCAGAAGGGUCUGCCUGUAGAGGACAAGAGCUCCUCGAAGCAGGAGGGUCAACGGGCACCAAUCCGACAGCAGCAAUGGGGCACGAAGACAUCUAUGAACGAACGGUUUGUCGUUGAAGAUAAGAACGCGGCUACGCAUCUCGUCCGAAACGCGCUUGGUGGUAAAGAUCAGGACCAGCUGUCCGCUCUCCUGACGUUACCGAGCCCCUUCUCUAGGCGAUACAGGGAUGAUUUGACCGUCGAAGUCAUCUUCUUCGGUGACAGCCCGGCUAACGGCAACGUCUCUCUGAACAAGGAAGCAAGCGCUCCGGGGCCUGAGACCAAGGCCAAGCUAUAG